UAGCAGAAAGCCGCUUCAUGCAUGACAGACGCCUUCUUUGUGGAGUCCAUUUUCACAUAGUGCAUUUUUCGGUCCAGCCGUGAGCCUGAGCAGUGAAAACCAAAAUAAACUGCUGAAGAAUUCACCUUGCAGCAGUGAAAAGUUCGGUUUUUCGUUUUCUACUUGUGUAAGGUGUACCGCUGGUGUCCAGUCAAAAGCCAAUUGAACUAGUCAAUCGAUUUUUCUCGCCGUCUGCUAAGUGGGGUACUUCUCGCCUUCCCCACAACCGACGUCGCGGCCGGGAACGUGUCGUUUUCUGUGUUAUGGUUGGUGUGUCGACGAAGGAUAAACCAUUCCCAAACAUGUCCCGUAGUGUCCGUGCCGAAACUCGUGCCAGUAAGAAAGAUGACGUUAAAAAGUUUAUGCUCUCGAUGGACCGCGUCCGCCGUUGGGAGAAGAAGUGGGUUACAAUCGGGGAGACCUCGAUGAAAAUCUUCAAAUGGGUGCCGAUCUCGAGUAAGGAAAAUAAAAAAGGCCUACUGAAGAAUGCCUCCGGAGUCGGUGGUGUUAAUGCCAGUAACGGCUUAAGCAACUCGGUUACCAACGCGGCGACAGUCAACAGCAAUAGUAACAGCAACAGCAGUGAAAAUAAGGAAAACAGCAGAAAACCUGGCACAGAUUCCAACUCGAACUCGAAUUUUGCAUUGACUACGGAGGAUUCCAACACCUGUUUCUCGCUUGUAAGCGAUUCCCAGGGAGCGACUGAGUUCGUCUCUAACAUGCCCUUCUCCGAAGAUUCAAACUCACAGGGCUCCGACAGUGCACCAAAGCGGUUAAAAAGUGACUAAAAGCACUGUUGAACGUACACAAAAAGAAAAAGAUUGACCCAUAUUAUUCGUAAGUUAUCCCAUCAUUAAUUUCCGUUGUUCGAUAUUGAUGAUUGAUUUGUACAAACUUGCUGUGAGAAUGAAAAAAAACAGUGUUAGCAAUUAGUUCUAGAUA